CUGUGGUUUUGACAAUAUCGAUAGUGAACUGUCAAUUUAUUCAUUCUGCGGGUAAAUUGUUAUAUUCAAGUAGCGUAUUAUCACUGGUUUAUCUCGUGACAGGUAUUUUGCGGUGGAUCAAAAACUGGAUAAGGAAAAUAACAGCAGCGCGAUGAAAGUGGAGAGUACGAAGGAUAUGGAUAAUCAAGGCAACAAUACGAAUCCGGAGGAGGCAAACACAAGUGCGGAGCAGGCAAACGCUUUUCUGGAGCAGACUACGGAGGAAUUCGACCGUGAUUGUGAGGAACUCAACUCUCAGCUUGACCAGUUAAAUUCUCUUUUGGAUGCAAUGGAACAGAAAAAUGAUGAGAUUCAAGAACAGCUCCUUCAGCUGCUGCAGUGUAAUAGAGAAACAAGGAAACUUUUUGAACUUAGCAGAAAUUCACAACCUAGUGCAUAGGAAUGAAACUUCACCUAAACUGUAGUAUUCGCAGAUGAAUUGAUCAGUUCUUCAUGCAGAAUAAGCAUUUAUUGUUUCAAGGUUGAGGCAUAAAUCAUGUAAAAAUUGUACAUUUGUGAUUUUUGAAUAAUUGUAAAAAGAUAUCCAAGAGUACAAGCUGAAAAAGUACCUGCACUCAGAGGAACACUUUAAUUGUAAAUAGCAGUCACAGUGAUCCGUAUACGUAGUUGUGAAGUCUCACUUCAAGCCUGUGCUUAUUGGCCUCCCCAACACACAGUUCUUUCUUUAUUUUCCAGUGCAGUAGACUACUACAUCAAGAACUGAAUUGCUUUCAGAUGGCUCCUUUGCUUGUCCUAUAACACCUAUUUAGACAAAUUAGCAUCUGCCUUUCCUCAUUAUCCAUCUGUUGUGCCUGCUCUUCUCAAUAUUGUGUGUAUAGUUUCAGCAAUAAAUAUUCCAGCCACACACUAAUUGCCACAGAUUUUGGUCAAAAUAAAUGUUUUCUUUUAAA